CGGCGGGCCGCCAUUUUAGAGCGACGAGGAAAGGCGAACGUGGUGCCGGCAACGCGGCUCUCUACGGUGCGAGGACGACGACGCGUGCUUCGCACGUCCAGCAGGUGCCGGCGACCAAGAUGAGUGUGUCUACAGACAGGAACUGUUGCUAGCUGACGGCUCCGUCCGAGGGAGCCGAUCGGAGGUGGAGAAGCAGUUUCGCAAAUCUAUAACCUAUUAUUUUCAGUUCCACGCUCGAGUUCCUCUCUUCCAACUGCGUCACUAAGCGAGAGACCCGUUGUGCUCGAGCACUGUCGUGUUCAGGUGACGACGUACAACACGUCAACAGUGCCAGGCCCAAGGAGCCACUAGAGUUCUAACCAGCAGUCACCGUGACACGAAUGCUGUCACUGCGGCUGGUCUCCUGCCGGUUCCUCAAGCAACCAUAAGAAGGGGACUACUCGGGACGUUUCAGUGUUGCCAUGUAACUCACUCAUCCAUUGUGCUUCACCAAGUGUGUUGUGUUCCUGUGAUCCGUUUAUUCAUCACCUCGUCUUAAUAACAUCGUCAUACUGAACCUGCCGACGACAUGUGCCUGGAAAGACUGAAUGAUCGAGCUGUACGAGGAAGACUGAGACAUGGAUAGAAAGAAUAAAAGAGGGGUCUGCAGACAAGUCGGGUGCAGUAGACGGCGGCUGCCAGGCUGGCCUGUUAGUUGGAACGUCACAGCUUGAGGAUGCGCAAACCCACUUUUUGCACAGACGUCACAGUUGCUGAAAUGACCUCAGCUAAUCAGAACAUAGAGGUGUGCGGGGAGAGCCGCAUGGAACGGGUGCGCAAGCUGCUAGGCUCACCGCUGGCCCGUCGCAAAUCUGGUACUUUGGCACUUCGCAUCUUUGGCGCACCCCUCGACUCUCUGGCACAGCAAGGCUCAGUACCAUUCGUUGUUGUUCGUCUGUGCCAGUAUAUAGAAAACACAGGCAUGGGGCAAGAGGGCCUAUUUCGAGUGAGCGCCAAUGCCCGUUUGGUCGAGAAGCUACGUUGGAGCUUUGACCAGUCAGGCGACGCACCUCUAGAGGCUGAAGGGGAUGUGACAGUAGCUGCUGCCCUGCUUAAGCUACUUUUCCGUGAGCUGCCCGAGCCUUUGAUGCCCACAGACAUGCAUCAAGCAUUCCUGGACGCCAUCCAGGUUGCGCUCACCGGAUCAAAUGGCCCCUUUGCAGUCACUGUGCAUGACCGAGAAGAGUGCACACGGCGCCUCAAAUGCCUCGUGGAGCAGCUGCCACCCAGCAACUUUGCAGUGCUCAAGUACCUGUGCCAUUUCCUGAGCCGGGUGGCUGAGCUGGAGGAGCACACACGCAUGAACCCGAGUGCCCUCGGCAUUGUCUUUGGACCAAACCUCUUCAGGUUCAGUGAAGAUCUGCAGGGCUUGAAGGAGCAGGCUGUCACCAACCAGGUGGUGACGUACUUCAUUGACCACUAUAAUUCGAUCUUCGAAAGUGAUGCGGAGCUCUCGUGUACAGCCGAUGCUACCAUGAAUAUUCAAAGUGCCAGCACCAGUAGCAAAUGCAGCGGAAGGAUGAUGCAGCCUCUUACUGUUGUUAUUCCUCCAUUGGAUGAAGCCAUGUUGGCGCUGAAACAGGAUACGCUUAGUGCAGUGCCGACACUCAUGAUUGACAGUUUGAUUGAUGACCGCUGCAACCAGGCCAUCAUGUACAGGGCAGCCAAAGAAGGAAGCUCAAGUGGAGCUGCCAUACCAGGUCGCAGCUGUAAGCGCAAGGAGCGCAGGAUCUCUGGCGAAGACACUCCAGCCCCACGAUCGAGCUCUGAGGAGAGGCCAGCCACUGGCCUCCGUGUCGAGCCAGAAUUGGCAUCUCGUCGAUGCAGCAGCCAUGAGGAAGUAACAACACUGGAAGCGGUGCACGGAUACUCUCCUAUGGCAUCUGGGAACAAUGGUCAAGCUGGGGUGUCUGGGGAUGACUCAAAUCGCGACUUGAGUCCACACCCACCGCAACCCAAGAGGCGUGAAAUCGAGACGCCAUCCAGCCCUUGCCCAGAGAGCUCACAAGAGUGGCACGAGGCCUGCCGGAAUGCAGAACGACCUAAACCGCUGCUUUUGCAAGAUGUUCGAUACCAGAGCACACGAGCCGAGGCAGCUGAAGAGGGCUCUGCAGACCGCCCCAUGGCGGACAUUGAUGAGCCCUAUCAUCCACCAUGUGGUGGGCGGGAGGCUAAUGGAGGCCCAGAGGAAGCAGAUGGCUCAGUACCGAACACCCCCAGCACUCUGAGCAAAGACAGCAUCCCACCGCUGGACCUCAACAGCUUCCGUGAAGAAGAACCUGUUCUGUCCGAACAUCGGUUUAGCUGGCCCAUGGUUCAGGCCCUCGUUGAUGAAGAGCCAGUAAUGCCAUAUCUCCAGAAAGCAAAUUCUUACGAGGCUCCAUUGUCACCCAGUGCUUACAGGAGCUACCUGUCUCAUAGAAGCCUCCACCUGGAUCCAAACCUGCCUCCAUCUCCUCCUGUUGAGCAAGAUGAGUUCCUGAAAUCGAACUUUAAAGAUGAAGAAGCCAGCCAAACAACUGUGAAGCAACUGUCCAAGAGAGUUCAUGGGUUGAAGAAGAAAGUAAAGCAGUUUGAAGAAAAUUUUGAGAAAGAACACGGAUAUAGGCCAUCUCAUGCAGAAAAGAUGAACCAUGCAGAAAUGAAGAGGACCUUGCUAGAGCUGAACAAGCUGCGAAAGGAUUUGAAGAAUGUAAAGGAGGAGAAUAGCCUUCCGGAGCCUGCCUACCUGAGCUUCUCAACAUGGGGUCGGGAAUCACUCAGAGGGCUGUGUGAUAUGGACGAUGGCUCAGCCAAGCCGACGCAAGUGAUGGAGAGGGCGCUGAAUGACACCCUCAUGUCCCUGGCUGAAAAGCGCAGGGCUGCCCAGCGUCCAGACAGUGUGGAUGACAUGACACGUGAGCAAGUGCUGGAAGAAAAGCUGGCAUUGCAGAAGGCACUGCUGCGAUUUGAGAGUGUGCACGGCCGGCCCUCUCGUCGGGCUGAUCGCAAUCUUAUGCGGCCGCUGUAUGACCGUUACCGAAGUGUCAAGCGCCUGGUGGGCAGGAACCCCCUGGCCAAGGGCAAGGACUCUGAGCUGCAGCCCAUCCUGGAGCACGUUGCCAUGAACUUCACUUCCCCACAGCCCCGGUCCCCGCCCCAGGAGCUCGAAGAAGUUGUCGAUGAUGUGACUCCCAUUUCCACGAUGGCACAGAAUGAGGCAAUCACUGAUGUGGAAGAGCCGGUCACAAGUAAAAAAGAAGUGGUUGAGCAGGUUCCCAUGGUCCUUGACAAGUGCAGCGAUUCCAAUCUGCAUGAGCUUCCUCUGGCUGAGUUGCUUAAACAGCAGCAGCAGUCUAAACUUGAAAAGCGCCGGCUUCGCAAGUUGCUGAGAGAAUUUGAAGAGGAAUUCCAGAAGCAAACUGGAAGGAAAGUGCAAAAAGAAGAUAAGGCCCCAAUGGACUCGGUGUACUGUGAGUACAAGCAUGUCAAGGCUCGGAUGCGACUGUUGGAGGUGCUCGUCUCCAAACAUGAACAUCGACGAGAGAUAUGAAUCUGGCAGACGUCGUCUGUGUGCAACCCCAUCCUUCUUGCACAUUGUUUUAUUUUUCUUUCUUCACUUUCUUAGAGGGUUGCACCUCCCCAUUGUAGAACCACAUGAUCAUGUGCUGUGGAGUGUGAAUGUGUGGUUCUGUGGCAGCAUUGUGGUCGAGAUACAGCAUUAGCAAUGUGCUCUUAUGGGCAGAAUCGUAAGAACACAGGUUUUUCGUCUUUCUCUUGUCUUAUCUUGAUAUAUAUAGUUUUUUUCAUACAACAGAAUAUGACUUGGAACAGAGAAAUAAUUCAUAAGUGCAUUGCAUACGUAGCCUAACUAACCAUUAAGCUUUCAUUACACUUUUUUUUUCUACUCCGUGGCAUUUUUAUCAAUCCAUUCUCUGUAGUUCUUAAAAGGAAUAGCUGUUUUUGUUUUAAUGCCCCCAGAGCUUUCAUUGCUCCGGAGCUUUUGUAAUGUGUGAUGCCACUUCAUAAUGUGGCCUUAUGGUUGACAAUUUAUUGAGGUGAUAGGGAAGCCUAUUUUUUUUUUAAGGUGCCCUUGUCGUAGUGUGAAAUCUUUUUAUGUCCAGCAGAGCUCUCUGCUUGAAACCGUGAUACGCAACAGAUGCAGUCAUCUGCUGCAUCUCUUGGAGUUGGCACCGUGUUCAUGCAAUUCAUGGGACGUGUUCACAACAUUGACAGUAGAUUAAUUUCAUCGCUAAUACAGUAAAGGAGGUGCAUGUGUAUUUAAACGCACAUGCGUCAGCCUCAAGUAGUGUGUAUAUUUGCUGAAGUGUUAUUCACAUUUCAAGUCAAAUAUACACUGCUCGUUCUUAGGGUAUGCCUGCUUGAAAAUGUUGUGUAUACAUUUGUGCACUUUCUAAAAUAAUCAUUUGUAAUAUCGUUGCUUGGCUAAAGUCGCACUUCAGGCUACACAUUUUAUUUUUUUUUAUUUUUAGAGCACUUAAUCAUUUUUCUGAGCAAUGUGAGCAUAAGUAUAGGAUAAAAAAAAGAACACUGUGUCAAUUCCAGCAGCAUUUUUUUUGCACUCAAUUUUGGUGAUUGCUUUGUUUUGCAAAUAGUUUGUUGUUAAACUUGCAAGAACUAAGCUUGUGGCAUUUCUUAAUGUUAGUACUUGUCAUUAUGUAUGCUUGCCUUCUUGGUUACCUUGGAUGCAUGGAAAUAGCGUGGUGGCCUUCUGGUAGCCUUUGUUCAGAGGCAGUGCUUGAGAGUCAGGCUGCCUUGGCCACCUUUUUUUAGCGCUUGUUUUGGCAUUGCAUCUUUCAAGGCAUGCCUGGCCAUAAUAGUUAUCAGACUUUGUGGUGUAUGGCAAGUGCCAGGUCUUCUGGGAAAAUGCUGGCCACAAAGACAGCACUGCUUUUGUUUUGGACGAUCGAGUGCCUUGAUCGGAUGGAACGGGACAAUGUGUUGCUUGUUUGCCAGGUAGCCAAGAAUGGUGUUCCUCUUCUGUUUUAUCAUGUGCGUCUGCUUGUAACUGUUUGGUAUAUAUUGUACCUGACAUAUGUGUGUGUAUUUGUCCACAUAGGUUACACCUGUUUUCUAGAGGCAUGAUAUUACAAGCCACGGUAUUCGUAGUCUCCACAUGCUAUGUGUGUAACAUGGUGACCGUGGCCAUGUUGUGUGUGUGGCUAGUCUAGUGAAACUUUCCUCACUUGAGUUUGUGAAUUCUAUGGACCCGGUGUGAUGCUAUGUUCUUGUGGGUUUUUAAAAGUCUUUUUAUAUUCAUCUGGACAUGCAGUUAGAGGUUUCUUUUUUUUUUUUUUCAUGUAUGAAGUGGUGCAUUGUCUGCAAGCAAGCUGUCAGAUGAUAUUUUGAGUAUGCAAAGUGCUGUAUAAAUAUUAAAUAUAUACAUACAUAUAUAUUAUAUAUAUGCAUAAACAUACAUAUACAUAUAUAAAUAUUACUUGUCCAAGUGUCCGUGCAUAGACUAAACCUGAAAUGUUCAUGGAUGACAGUAUUAUGUGUGAGAAAGUUGUUGGAUGAACGAUUCAGAUUCGUUAUUUAUGGUGGUGAAUGUGAUGCUGUGAGCAUUAAAAAGUUUCUAGAGAGUGCUUGCUGUUGUCUGAUUACACGACCUCAAGCAGGUGCUGGUUUGAAUGCCUCUUCGGGCAACAUUCCACCUGUUAUGAAGGUACGACUGAAAUCUACUCGUCCAGCAUGUUUUACGCGGGUGUCAUGCCAAGUGCUCUGCACGUUACUAUAAAAGCCAAGGGAAGCACAAGUGAAGUUAUUUGCUGACCGGAAAACGGGAAUGCUAAAAAUGAAAGCAAAUGUGAGGGAAAAAAAAAACUCCUUUAAGCUACUGAGUUCAACCCACACCAAUUGUGGGCCAAAACCUAUUUUCCAUGAGAACUACGAGAGCUGAAGCUGCAUUUUCUAUUCAUCUGACCAGCAGUAGGCUUUUCUUUAGACCAUUUGUUAUCCUUCUUUUUAUCAUUGCUUUGCUCCUAAUUUAACAGCGAAUCGCUUCCCGGUGCUUUUGUUGUAAUUGUCAGCUGUUGGCUUCAUAUUGCCACGACAAAGUCUGGUCCUUUAUUUUCCCUUCUCAUUUACUACAACAUUUGUGACAUGUAUGACUCCGUAUUAUAGCAAGUUUUUGUCUUGAUGCACGCAAUUUUUUAUGUUGCCCUGUGGCUGCAAAGUUGGAUGCAGGUUUUUCUACCGUAUGCAGAUUUACAAUAUAUUUUAGUAGAAACAUCUUGCUGACUUGAACUGCGUUGCGAUUGUGAUUGUACAAAGUGGCAAAACAGACCACGCGGACUAAUGUAGGCUUGCGUAGUUUUUCCCUGGAAUGGCUUGCAGCUUGCUGCCUCUUGUCAGUUGCUGGAAAUGUGUUACAAGCAUAUAACUAUACUUGUAGUAAAUUGCAUGUGUGUCCUGGUUAUCAAUGGUUAUCAACAGCACUUGUAUAUAGAAAGCUACCAAUCACUGCAAAAUGUCCUUUAUUUAGCUUUGUUUUUACGCUGUCUUGGUAGUAAUGAAUGUAACCGGCAUAAUGCUAUAGCAUAGAUUUGUACAACUUCACACUUGUUUCGUUAAAAAAAGGCUGGAGUAGAGAUGAAAGUGGCCAGCUUUGUAUGAAGAGCAUGCUAUAUUUGUUAGUGCUGGCACUUUUUUAUUAACGACCUCCUCCACACGCCUGGCUUUAAUACAUUGUACCUUCUGUUUUGUAUUCAGAUAUGCAAAUGGUGUAAGCACAACAUUUGCAUUGCUCAGCAGUGUUGUCACAUAUGGCAUUCGUGCUGUUGUGGUAGUAAGUAAUCAUGUGUGUGGUCAUGUAAAUGGUCAAAUAUGCUUAUGAUUAUUUGGUAGUGCACUGCAGUUGUGGGUACAUACUGCACGUAUUUUGCACUGUUGUAACUGCACCUUUCUUGGAAAUGCUGCAAGGAACUUGAAGGUUGCCAAUUAAACAUUUGUGAGGCCA